GACUCGUGACUGCACUGAGGCUCUCCUGCCUCUGCCAAGAGGAGUUGGUCUGAUGUUUCCUCAAGCGGCAUGUCGUAGACCCACAACACCGGGAAAGCUUGCAUGGGUGGAAAGGGGCAUUGGCCAAUCAGCAGAGCUUUGCCCAGGGCGAUCAUGCGCAAUCAACCUCAACUGCGCCGGACUGCUUCUCAGGACGAUCCAAGAUCCCCCGAUACCUACCUCUAUGUUGUGAGCCCUCAGCCUAGGCUCCAGCCUCGCUCGUUUCCCCCUUUGAUUUUAGCGACUAGUCUCAGCCACUGCUAGUGUGAUGGCGUCGGAAGCUCUGGACGGGUUGCUUCAGCAACUUCGUUCCGUCUUGGAACUCGUACCAUUAGUCGACGUCCCUGACGUCCCGUCAUUCGUCUGGAAAGCCCUAUUUACGGCUUUUGCUGCUCUGGCGUUAUGGAUCACGUUAGGGGGAGAGAGGGACCAACCUAUCCGUUACAAGGUGCCUUCCCCAAAGCUACCAGAGAAAGUUGAAUUCCUCGAUCAGCCGAGCAUCAAGAAAUCCGGCACCACGGCCAUCCAGUGUUACGCCCCCGCGACGGGCCAGUUCCUGGGAUUCGUCAACCCAUCGACGCCAGCCGCGAUCGACCGCGCAGUCGAGCAGGCGCAUGCGGCGCAGGCGACUUGGUGCAGGACGACGUUCCGCGACCGCCGCGCGGUGCUCCGCAGCAUCCUACAAUACGUUCUCGACAACCAGGAGGAGAUAUGCCGCGUCGCCUGCCUAGAUUCGGGCAAGACUAUGGUUGACGCCCAGCUGGGCGAGAUCCUGGUCACGGUCGAGAAGCUACAGUGGACGAUCAAGCACGGCGAGAAGGCUUUGCGCCCUUCAAGGAGGCCCACAAACCUGCUGAUGAUGUACAAGCGGAAUACUGUGCACUACGAGCCCCUCGGCUUGGUGGCCGCCCUGGUGUCGUGGAACUACCCCUUCCACAACUUCAUCGGCCCCGUGAUCAGCGCCAUCUUCGCCGGGAACGCCAUCCUCGUCAAGGUCUCGGAGCAGACCGCCUGGAGCGCCGCAUUCUUCACCAGCAUCGCGCGCGGCGCCCUGAUCGCCCACGGGCACGACCCGACUCUGAUCCAGACGGUAGUGUGCUGGCCGCAGACGGCCGGCCACAUCACGGCGCACCCGGGCAUCUCGCACAUCACCUUCAUCGGGUCCCGCGCCGUCUGCCACAAGGUGGCCGCCUCCGCGGCCAAGGCGCUGACCCCGCUCGUCGCCGAGCUGGGCGGCAAGGACCCCUGCCUCGUGCUGGACUCGGCGGCCGGCGACCUGCCGCGCAUCGUCGAGAUCCUCCUCCGCGGCACCUUCCAGGCCAGCGGCCAGAACUGCAUCGGCAUCGAGCGCAUCAUCGCCGGCCCCGCCAUCUACGACCGGCUCGUCGCGCUCCUCGAGCCGCGCGUGCGCGCCCUGCGCCUCGGCCCCGACGCCGACGUCGGCGCCAUGAUCUCGGACGCCUCCUUUGCAGGGCUGGAGUCCCUUCUCGACGACGCCGCUCUCCUCGGCGCGAGGGUCCUCGUGGGCGGGAGGCGCUUCGCCCACCCGGACCACCCGUCCGGCCACUACUUCUCGCCGACGCUCGUCGCAGACGUCACGCCGCACAUGGCGAUCGCGCGGGAGGAGUGCUUCGGUCCUAUCAUGUGCCUGAUGCGCGCCCCAGACGCGUCGGCGGCGUCGGCCGUGGCGAUGGCGAACGCGGCGCCCUUCGGGCUGGGCGCGGCCGUGUUCGGGGCCGAGCGUGACCCCGCGGUCCGCGAGGUGGCGCGCGGCCUGCGCGCCGGCAUGGUGGCGGUCAACGACUUCGCGGCCUUCUACGCCGUGCAGCUCCCGUUCGGCGGGGCGGGCGGGUCCGGGUACGGCCGGUUCGCGGGCGACGAGGGGCUCAGGGGCCUGUGCAACGUAAAGGCCGUGUGCGAAGACCGCCUGUGGUGGGCGGGCGCGCGGACGGCCAUCCCGCCGCCUAUCCGGUACCCCGUCGGCGAUCAGGAGAGGAGCUGGCGGUUCGCCAGGGGCGUCGUGGAGGUUGGGUAUGGGGCCUCGUUGGGGAGAAAGGCGCGCGGGUUGGUGGGGAUACUGAGGAAUAGCUAAGGGGUGUGUGUGUGUCUGGUCAGGUCUGUAUUGUUAAAGAUAUUGUAAUAGCAAACCCGGAAAUUGCACGACUUGGAAUCGAUAUCCUUUUUUUUUUUACUCUCGGCGGCGAUGUUCCCCCGUCGCCCCUUGGCUCCCCCCCCUGGC